GGGGGGCGGAGGGGGCGGGGAAGAAUGUCCCCUCGGCGCCGUUAAAAUGAAACUCUAGUGGUCGGAGUCAAGGCAGAGCGUGAAGAGAUCUGUCGCCGGCGGUACUGCUCACGCCGCGCGGGAGAGCCCAGGCGAGCCGAGCUGACUGGACUUCGCGAGGGGCGCCAACCCUGAGGCUGCGACAGCUUCGGUUCCGAGCCGACCGGGACGGAGCCUGAGUCCCGGCCCCAGAGGGAAACGCUCUGCAGACCAGUGGGACCCCGAAACUUGAGCGCAAUCCCCAACCCUUUUUUAUGCCUUCCUUUGUCACGUCCCCAGCUUUCUCCCCAAGCGUUUUUUCCCUCUUCGUUCUCCCUCCGUCGAAGGACACAAAAGUGGCUUCCGCAGAAAGAUUUGGAGGCGGCGGAGCUUUUCUCUUUUUCUUUGGACAGUGAUUGUGUGAAAAGGAUUUGGGGAAGCCGCUUUUUAGUAGUACAGUUCUCCGGCCUCCAAGAGAGUCUAACCUGAGGAGAAAAACCCACCGCUUGAAAGUUCGGGUGGCAUUUUGCUGGGUGCUGUAGGAGGAGAGAAGGGAGGAACCUAUUCUCGUCCUGGUCCUGGUAGUUGGCUGGAUUUGGACCGGCCGUUAGAAACCCUGAAGUACAUUUCCGUGUGGAACUUUUACAGAUAUAUUUUCCAGAUUUUAAAAUAUUAGACAAAAAAAUAUAUCUAUCUAUAUAUAUGCUUUCUAUAUAUUUCCUGACGACCUGCCCCUGACAGCGCGAUGUACAAUACCGUGUGGAGUAUGGACCGCGAUGACGCAGACUGGAGGGAGGUGAUGAUGCCUUAUUCGACAGAACUGAUAUUUUAUAUUGAAAUGGAUCCUCCAGCUCUUCCACCAAAGCCGCCUAAGCCAAUGAUUUCAGCAACUACAAAUGGAAUGAAGGACAGUUCCGUCCCUCUUCAGGAUGCAGAAUGGUACUGGGGGGAUAUUUCCAGGGAGGAAGUAAAUGACAAAUUACGGGAUAUGCCAGAUGGUACCUUUUUGGUCCGUGAUGCCUCAACAAAAAUGCAGGGAGAUUAUACGCUGACUUUGAGGAAGGGAGGCAAUAAUAAGUUAAUAAAGAUCUAUCAUCGCGGUGGUAAAUAUGGCUUUUCUGACCCUCUGACCUUUAAUUCUGUGGUGGAGCUCAUUAACCACUAUCAUCAUGAAUCUCUUGCUCAGUACAACCCCAAACUUGAUGUGAAGCUGAUGUACCCAGUGUCCAGGUACCAGCAGGAUCAGUUGGUAAAAGAAGAUAACAUCGAUGCAGUCGGUAAAAAACUGCAAGAGUACCACUCCCAGUACCAGGAAAAGAGCAAAGAGUACGAUAGGCUAUAUGAAGAGUACACGAGGACAUCCCAGGAAAUACAGAUGAAUAGAACUGCAAUUGAAGCUUUCAAUGAAACAAUUAAAAUAUUUGAGGAACAGUGUCACACACAAGAACAACACAGCAAAGAAUAUAUUGAGCGAUUUCGCAAAGAGGGUAAUGAAAAGGAGAUUGAACGAAUUAUGAUGAAUUAUGAUAAAUUGAAAUCACGUCUUGGUGAGAUUCAUGAUAGCAAAAUGCGUCUAGAGCAGGAUUUGAAGAAACAAGCUUUGGACAACCGAGAAAUAGAUAAAAAAAUGAAUAGUAUCAAACCCGACCUGAUCCAACUGCGCAAGAUCCGAGAUCAGCAUCUCGUGUGGCUCAAUCACAAAGGAGUGAGACAGAAGCGGCUGAAUGCAUGGCUUGGAAUCAAGAAUGAGGAUGCUGAUGAGGCCUAUUUUAUCAGUGAAGAAGAUGAAAACCUGCCGCAUUAUGAUGAGAAAACCUGGUUUGUUGAGGAUAUCAAUCGAGUGCAAGCAGAGGACUUGCUCUUCGGGAAACCUGAUGGUGCUUUCUUAAUCCGGGAGAGCAGCAAGAAAGGCUGCUAUGCCUGCUCUGUGGUUGCUGACGGGGAAGUGAAGCACUGUGUGAUCUACAGCACUGCUCGGGGAUAUGGCUUCGCAGAGCCCUACAACCUGUACAGCUCUCUGAAGGAGCUGGUGCUCCACUACCAGCAGACAUCCCUGGUUCAGCACAACGACUCCCUCAACGUCAGGCUUGCCUACCCUGUCCACGCACAGAUGCCCUCGCUGUGCAGAUAAAGAGGGAGAACACGCUAGCAUUUUUCUAGUUUUUAUUAGACUAUGAGGGCAUUCUUUCUACGUGGACUGCUUGUUUUGCACAAGAAGUGAUUUUGUGAAUGUGAAGUGGAGAGGCCAAGCAGUAGCCGGCCAGGAUGGGAAAAUAAGGGGCCUGGGGUCUCUGGGACUCAGCGGUGCCGCUGCACUGAAAUAUGAAGAUGAAAGCAGAUGCUGUUUUUUGGAAAGUCUUUUCCAUUGGGGGGUUUGUUUCUGUUUAGCCAGGUACCCUCACCAGAACGUGUACUGGGUUUGGGGAUAGAGGGUGGGAUUUGAAAGCCUCUGAAGAGACACCUUCUCUUCUGAUCCACUCUGUUGGGAGUUCUGUUUUACUCUGGUAGUCACUCUUUCUCCCAAAACAAGGUUGUCUGUGAUACAGUUCAAGUUGGUUUUUUAAAAAAGCAACCAAAGGAGAAUAGGGAGACUUGGGAUUUCAUUCAAAAAAAAAUCUAAGCCAACAGGGUUAAAAAAAAAAACAAAAAAACCCCAAACCCUUCAAUUGAAGGUACUUUAUUUCUUACAAUCAUAAUUAACAAUUUAGGCUUUACCAUCGCACUGUCUUCCCCCCUCUAAAGAAACAUAUUAUUCAGAAACGAACAGAGCAAUGUUUGUUGCCAGGCCAAGGUCUAAACAGAAAAGGUGGCACUGGUAGCUGAAUGCAGGCUUCUGUAACCAAAACUUGAAAAUAAGAGAACUAGAAAUGUGAGUUGUAGCAAACACUAAAAUCUGUCAGUGCAUUUUCUUCUGUCCCGCCUUGUGUCUCUGAGAUGAGGAAUAGCAUUCUUUUCGUGCGGAUAGUGAACUUUGAAUCAUAUAAUGAAGUUGGUGCUUGUGUGGUGUACCUUUAGCCUAAAGAAUGAUCUGUUGUUUGAAAACUUUGUAACUUGUUUGUAUGAGUAAAGAAAAAGUGCAAUCCAGUGCUUUUAGAUGGCUUGAUAUACCAAAUAUAGAACAACAUUCUUAUAUGUGCUUCCCCAUAUUUAAAGGCCCUGCAAGAGGCCAGGUGUGGUGGUGCAUGCCUGUAAUCCCAGCACUCGGGAGGUUGAGGCAGGAGAAUUGCUGCAAGUUUAAGGCCAGCCUCGGCUGCAUAGUAAAUUUAAGGUCUGCCUGAACUGCAAAUAGCGAGACCCUGUCUCCAAAAUAAGAAAGGCCUUGCAAGAACAAUAUGGCUUAAGUUACAUGGUUUAAUUUCAUCUCCUGUCCUUUGCUGGUAGGGUUUGGGAGCCAUAGGUGACUAAGGAAAGGGAAUCAGAUUGUGUGAGAGACCUCAGUAAAUCACAGACCCAUGGUCCUGUUGUCCAGGGUGAAGGUUCAUACCACGUUACACAUACCGUGGUUUCUGAAGUUUUUUCAGGGAGAAGAGAAGGUGGCUUUGAGUUUAAAUUGUUAGUAGAAGCCAUCUGGAGGCUUUCGUCUUUGCCUUUUUGUUAUCUUGCCAUUAAGGCAAUGUGCAGAGUCUGCUCUCAUGCUUCAGUGGUUGUGAUUUUAGGCCAGGAAUCUUCUGCUUCAUGUGGCUUCAACCUUUCAGCUGAGUGAAACUAGCUGAAGAGUGGAGGGCAGGCAUCAACUGCUGACUCCUCUAUGCCCCACACUCAUUUGCCAGAGACCAGCUGCCCCGAGCCAAUCCAGGAACCAUAAUGGACUUGGUGUGAGUCAACUGUUUGAGCCAGGGCUGUGCAGUCAGCCCUCUGGGCUGAGCUACAGGAGUAGCCAGUACCCAGGUCUGUACCCAGGUCUGUAACGCUGAUAGCUAAGAAAGCUCUUGUUUCGGGGCUGAAAGAAAAAUACUACUUUACCUGAGCACUUAUCUGGGUGACAGUGUCUAGAAUGAACCAAGACGGAUUAAAGUUUUUGGAAAAACUUCCAGUUUCUAGCACUGAAGAUAGGAAAGAAAGGGUGUAUCUUUGGCUUUCCUUGUUCACGUUGGAGUUUCAGGACUGGAUAAGAUCAAGACAAAUGAACCCCUCCAGUAUUAUUGUUUCGACUUAAAAGCCCUUAACUGACAGCCAGCACAUCGUUUCCCCAAACUGCCAGAUUGAAAUCUUGCUGCAAGUUUUACUGAGGAAUGCCAGGCUAAUGGCUGCUGGCCCUACCCAAGUGGUUUGCACCUGAUGUUGAACCUGCUUAAUAACCAGUUGAUGGUCAAGAUUGGGUGCAAGGAAUCCCUCCUAUACGGUUCUAGUGUGUCCUGAAUGUCUUCAAUCAAUAUAGAACAGGAUACAUCCUUGUAGUGUUGAUGAGUAUGUGUGUCUGUACCUUGUUGGACAGACAUGGAGGUGUGCAGGGAGAGCAGGCACCGACUGAGUAUCUACACUUGGGCUGAGUUGUGGAGAAAGGGUGCUGUUUGUCCAUUGUUCAUUCUUUUUUACCCCUUUUUCAUUCUUGAAUUUAUUGCCUUGUAGGAUCUAAGACCCAAGAUGAGUUGAGAAAGCGGAGUGUAUCCUUUGUAACCAGUUGUCACAUGAUUCGCUCUAUCCUGAGCCAGUGGGAAUGGCACAGGGGCCAGUAUACCAACCACAGGGCUCCAAGUGUGUUGGGAGGCAAGAUGCUGCUCCUUUAUCCUACGGCUUGGGAGCAAAUCUUGGCUUCUUAUGAAUCUAAUUCUACAUCCUACCCCUUGAUCUGGGCCCUGGGAAUCUCUCUCUUGGUAUCUUAACUGCAUCUCACUGUGACAGAGGUAGAGACAGAUCGAGACCAGAAGGGCUCAUCUUUCUUCUGGCUACGUAAGCCAGCCAUCAACCUGAAAGCGGAAUAGGGAUGGCUGGACACAGGUCCUAGGCCCUUCUUUUCGAGGAGGAGCUUUCAUCACAGAACAACACCGUCUCUUCUUGGCUAUAGGUACCAGAAACGUGCCAUGGCUUGGUAGGGUGCCUGUGUCCUUCUCACUGACCAGCCCAAGGAUGAAGACUUCCAAACAGUUCCACUCCCUCUCCAAGACCUUGUGGGAUUUCCCAUUUACUUUAGACCUCAGACGCUCUGAAGAAGCUUUAAGAGCCAGUUUGGUGUCUUCCAUGAGUUUUCUCUUCUUGCUGCAAGGAACCAACCCCGUGUAUUCUGUUGAGCCAGGAAUUGCUUCUGGGCAAGUCCUGGUUUCCAGAUUGAUCUGUUACCAGUUAAGACUCCAGAGCAGGCCUUAGAAACCAGAGGGUCCGAAGGGGACCUGCCUAGGCCCCUUGCUGCCAACUGCUCACCUUGCUUUAUCUCCAGCCACUUGUGACAGACAACAUUGUUUCCUUAUAAAUUCCAGCAUGUGACUUUGGUGCCCUGUUGUUACUUGUGAAAAAUCUGUUCUUCUGUUGUCUUUGAUGUAGUCCAAAAAGAUUCAUGUAGUUUACAUAAAAAUAUGAUUCACAAGGAAGCCAACCGUGUGUCUUGUGUUGAGACAAUUCAUAAUGUAGUUCCUAGACCACUUUUGCAAAUUGUUUAUGUCACCAGAUGUGUUCAGACAUUGCUGUGCAGUUGUGGGGAGGGUCGGGGAAGGUAAGUGGUGAUACCGUACUGGUUGGGCAUUUUGUUUUUUACCUUCCCCAAGAGGGGAUCGUCUGGCCAACUUACUCCAGUAAUGCAAUAAAGACAUUGUAAUAAAAGCA